AUUUGCCCCAUCGAAGGAUCAUAGUAGAUAGGUUCAGGCCACAGGAAGCAAAAUGAGGAACGUGAGCGUCAGGUGCAUUCUGAUAUGUGUUGUGUUGAGCUCACUGAGCUGUGUGAGGUCGGAUCUUGAGUUGGGUUUCUAUGACAAGAGCUGCCCGACCGCGGAGAAGAUGAUAUUUGGCUACGUAAAGCGGCACGUACCCAAUGCACCUUCUCUCGCUGCUGCUCUUCUCAGGAUGCACUUCCACGACUGCUUUGUGAGGGGUUGCGAUGGUUCUGUGCUGAUAAACUCCACCAGAAAGCACCAAGCAGAGAAAUCGGCAUUGCCGAACCAAAGCCUCCGUGGCUUCGAUUUCCUGGACAGAGUGAAGAGCUUGGUGGAAGCUGAAUGCCCAGGGGUUGUUUCCUGUGCAGAUAUCAUUGCCUUGGUUGCAAGGGAUUCAGUCGUAGCCAUAGGAGGCCCGUAUUGGAAUGUUCCAACAGGACGUAGAGAUGGUCUGAUCUCGAGGUCGUCGGAGGCAUCCAAGGAGCUCCCUGCACCAACAUUCGACUUCACUGCUCUUCGAUCAUCUUUUUCUAGCAAAGGAUUAAAUCUGAAAGAUUUAGUAGUACUGUCAGGAGCUCAUACUAUCGGAGUCUCUCACUGCCGAUCGUUCAGUAAUCGGCUGUACAAUUUCACCGGUAAAGGCGACGAAGAUCCCUCCCUAGACAGCUUCUACGCAGCCGACCUGAGGAAGAACAAGUGCAAAACUCCAAAGGACACGACGACGAUUGUGGAAAUGGAUCCGGGUAGCUUCAGAACCUUCGAUCUGGGAUACUACAAACACCUGCUCCAGAGACGAGGCCUCUUCCGGUCUGAUGCAGCUCUGGCCACUGAUGCUGCCACCAAGUCGGCGAUCAUUCAGCUUGUGAACAGUCCUAUGGAAGUGUUCUUCAAAGAAUUUGGCUUGUCUAUGGAGAAGAUGGGCAGGAUUGAGGUAAAGACGGGAUCUGCAGGCGAAAUCAGGAAGAACUGUGCUGUCAUCAAUGUUUAGGCCUCUGUUCUUGACCGAACUUAUUGUGUUUGUUUUCAUUUGGCAUUUUAAUGCGAAUCCAAAAAAUAAAAAAGCAGCUGAAUAUAAUAUUUAUUUAUGGAA